AUGGAUUCAUAUUCUUUAUUACCUUACCAGAUUGUGAGUCGUACCCCCGAUGAAUUUGAUAAUGUCAUAUGUACAAAUUUUCAAUUUACUUUAUUUCAUAUUUGGUUGAUUUGCUUUCAUACAAAUACAUUGAUCAAUACAUACUUAAAUAAGAUCGAUAUGGUUUGGGUAUUUCUGAGUCUUUUUGCCAGCAUUUUAGUUAUAUUAGCCAGUCAAAUAUGUGUAUAUGAUUGUAAGAUAAUUCAUACAGAUAAUGAUGAAAGGGCUCUAGUUUUAAAUUGGAAGUGUUUUUGGGCUUUAUGGUUUUUUAUUCCUAGCUGUUUAAAUUUAAUAUUAUCAUUAAUUGGAUGUGCUAAAUUAUGUUAUUAUGGGUUACCAUGA